CGUUACCAACAUUGAAGAUAAUAGUAUGCUGACAAACGCAGUAUACCAGUGAUUGCAGCAAAUCAUAUAGGAUCAUAUGAUUAUAACUUCCUGUCUGUACAAAAAUAUCGUUAGUAGUUGAACUUGGUUAAGAACAAAGAACACCUAGUGAAGAAUAAAAAUUAAGGAUGGCACUUCCGCCAAAUUAUGAAAUACCACCUCCCUAUUCUCCACAAGCUCCAGGUUUCUCACAAAGUGCCAGUACACUUGGACAAUUGCCUCCUGGUUAUCAGCCAUACCAAGGGCCAUCAGCUCCUUUACAAACAGGUUAUACCCCAACAUAUGGUGCCACAACAAUUACAGUUCAUCCACAAGAAAUCAUCAUAGUUGGUGCUUGUCCAGCAUGCAGGGUGGGAGUUCUGGAAGAUGAUUUUACUUGUCUUGGCAUAUUCUGUGCCAUUUUCUUUUUCCCUAUUGGAAUUCUCUGCUGCCUUGCACUGAAGAACAGGCGAUGUUCCAACUGUGGGGCAUACUUUGGUUAACAUUCAAGAUAAAAUGUGGCUGUACAAAAAUGUAUUGACAUUCAUACAUUGGUCAUAGGUGGAAGAUUUUAUAUUACUGUUGAAUGAUUAAUCAGGUCCAUCUGUGACUGAUUAAGGACAAUAGGAAGAAGCAAGGCAACUUGAAGGCAUUCUUUGAAUAUACAACAAACUGUUUGAUAUUUAAGGUAACUCUGUUAAUACUGUUAGACCUAUUGAUAAAUAAUGGUAGGAAUGUACUAUUCAUCCAUCCUCUGCUACUAAAAAUGUUUUCAUUUCUAAUUUUAUUUUAUACAAGUUGAACCCCCAUACCCAUUCAUUACUGACGCAUUCCAACAAAUAUAACUCAUGCGCAUAUCAUAUACUGAUCCCAACCUUUCCCACAGUUCUAAUAUAUUUUUGGUAAACAUGUGAAGCACCCUUCAUUUUCAUUUUUGGCCGCAAAUAAUUUGACAUAGUAUUAACACAUAAUUUUGUAUACUGCCAGAAAGAAUUAUUUCUAUAGGCCAGGAUCAGCAACAUGCAACAUGGACAUAUUUAUUUUAAUACUGUCAUAGGAAAUUCGUGAUGUUGGGGCUCCUUCAACAGUGAAGUGUUAUGGCCUCCCCUUCCCAUCUCCAAUGAUGAAAGGCAUUUCAUUUAGCAUAUAAAAUAUCUGUUAAGAACUGUGAUUGUAAUAACUUUUUGUGAUACUCCUAUAUAAUAAUGAUGAAAAUCUCAGCUCCUGUGACAUUAAAUGGAACAUAUAUUACUGUGUGUUCUUAUUGCAAUGUCAGAUUUUGUAAUUAUGUUAUUUACUCUUAGUCUGAGUUGUUCUGAUGCUGUGUAGAAGUUACUAAUGUUGCAGGAAAUGUAGCUUCAAUAUUUUUGUUUUGUUUGGCAGAAAAGGAAAUUGGUCUGAAUACAAAAGAAUAUAUUUAUAUGCUUUCAUGCAAGUUUAUUAAGAUUUGUUUUAAUUUUUAGAGGUAAUACCAUCUGUCCAUUUAAGUCUGUGCUAUAUAGCCUCUACAGUUGAAACAACAUCAUUAAAUAACUUAUGAGUUUAUUGAUCAUUACACUAGUUUUCUUUCAUAGAAGUUAUUUGUGAAACACUGUGAAAUGAUUCAGCUUAAUGAAUAUGGGACAGGUUAAGAGAGUAUCUAACAGGAGAAUAAGAAGAAAUAGAAAGAAUAUAAUUUUUUAUGGGGAUCACAGAGUUUAGAAACUGCUGCACACAUGAUAUGUUAAAACAAUGUAUUUUGUAUCUAAUAUUUACUUACUGAGUAGUGGUGAUCAGAAUCAUAUUUUACCCCUCUUUUUCUAAAUUUAACCCAUUUGUAUCUCAUGUUAUUGCAGUACUGCAUAUAGAACAGGUCUGCCCCAUGGAAAAGCAGCCUUAUCGAUGAACUAUCCUUUCACACCAAGUCUUCAGGAGGAAAUUAUGUUUAAAGUAGGGACUUUUCUGACCAGUACAGACAUGAAGAUGAGCUGUAACUUUGCUUUGUUGUCAUCAAUACCCCUCUAUCUUUCUCACUUGCACAAUUAUUCAUUUAGGAACUGAUAAUGAAUAUUACAGGUAGACGAGUUGAGCCAAAUGUAGAGUUCAUGUAUUCUUUCAAGAAAUUCAACAGUGACAGAGAAGUUAGUAAUAUAUUGAAAUGUAGACUGUGAUUUAAAUGUGUAAAGUGAAAUGUGGAUGAAUAAAUUUUAUCUAUGGAAUCCAAAUUCUAGCAACCAAGUUGUGAAAGUCUUGUGGUUCAUGGAUUACCUCUCCUGUAAGGAAACACUACUCUGAAACACAGUCUUGUUCAGAUCUUAACAGUCAACCAGUGCUUAUGAUAACUUUUCUCAUAGUCACUGCAUUUUAUUUGUCUUUAUAGAUCUUGUAAUUUCAUAUGACUUUGCUUUAUUCUGUAUAAAAAACAGUCAAUGUUGAAAAUGUUGUUAUUAUAUAGAUAAUAUUUUGAUUUGUUAUAAAUGUAUCUGUUUAUAUAGCACUUAUAUUAAAGAACUUAAUCUUAUA